CCUAUACCUUAUUACUGGCCUGUCCCGGGCCGCUCGCGGCGCCGGGGCUCGCCCGGGACUGAGUCAGCGCCCCGGCGAGAAGUUCGGCGGGAGGCGCAGGGCGGGGCUUCCUCCCGCAGACUCCGAACCCGGCUCUACUUUUCUGAGUCCACGUCUCUUCCUUUGGACAGGCGUGUUUCUUCAGGUCGGGCCCAGCCAACGUGACAGCCACAAACCUUUAAAAAGGAGCGUCGGCCUCGCCUCGAGGAUCUUCCCUGGCCGAAGUAGCCUGGGUCAGCUCGGCCAAGCCCCUCGCGGACUGCAGCGCGCGGCUUCUCCGGGCACGGCCCGAAAAACGCCUCGCUCCUCGGCCCCCGCCCCGCGGCGCCGAGCGCAGCAUUCCCAGGAUGGAGACCGGCUCGGACUCAGAUCAGCUUGAACGGGUCUUUUUACGACUUGGCCAUGCUGAAACAGAUGAACAAUUGCAGAAUAUUAUAUCUAAAUUCCUUCCUCCUGUUUUACUAAAACUGUCCAGCACCCAAGAAGGAGUACGCAAAAAGGUAAUGGAACUGCUGGUCCAUCUGAAUAAACGGAUAAAAAGCCGCCCCAAAAUUCAACUCCCAGUAGAGACACUUUUGGUUCAGUACCAGGACCCUGCUGCAGUUUCCUUUGUCACAAAUUUUACUAUAAUUUAUGUUAAGAUGGGCUAUCCUCGCCUACCAGUGGAAAAACAAUGUGAACUGGCCCCCACGCUUCUUACUGCCAUGGAAGGGAAGCCUCAGCCACAGCAGGAUAGCUUAAUGCAUCUUUUAAUACCAACCCUUUUUCACAUGAAAUACCCUGUUGACUCAUCAAAAUCAGCUUCUCCAUUCAAUCUUGCUGAGAAACCAAAGACUGUGCAGCUGCUUUUGGACUUCAUGCUAGAUGUCCUUCUGAUGCCUUAUGGAUAUGUGUUAAAUGAAUCCCAGAGUCGCCAAAAUUCAUCUUCAGCACAGGCUUCUUCUUCAAACAGUGGGGGAGGUUCUGGAAUCCCACAGCCUCCCCCAGGAAUGAGCUUUUAUGCAGCUAAACGAGUUAUUGGUGAUAACCCCUGGACACCUGAACAGUUGGAGCAGGUAUCUCACAUUGCGUGCUCAUACCAGUACAUGACCCUGUACACUUGCCCCCCUGAGGUCCAUGAAACUUGCUCUGUGGCAUUGGCCCUGAGAGCCUAUCGCUGUAGGAACAAAGUCCAGUUUUCUUUUGUGGUACCAAAUUGGGCCAUUGGAUACAAUAAUCUGUUGAAUCAAGAAAAAGUAAUUUUAACAACCUGUGUUGAAACCUUCCAUAGCUUAAUUGACUGGAAUAAUCCUGCCAUCAUUAAUAAGAUGUACAAGGUAUACCUUGGAGAUAUACCACUGAAGACAAAAGAGGGAGCAGUUCUGAAGCCAGAGCUGAAAAGGGACCCCGUCAGCACGAGAGUCAAGUUAAAGAUUGUUCCUCAUCUCCUCCGUUCUAGACAAGCUGCUGAAACGUUCCCAGCUAACAUUCAGGACCCUAAACUACUGUCAAUGGCAUAUUCAGCUGUUGGAAAACUCUCCAGUCGAAUGCCCCAUUUAUUCACUAAGGAUAUAGCUCUUGUGCAGCAGCUUUUUGAAGCCCUGUGUAAGGAAGAGCCCGAGACUCGACUUGCUAUUCAAGAAGCAUUAUCUAUGAUGGUUGGAGCUUAUAGCACUUUGGAAGGAGCACAGCGAACUCUCAUGGAGGCACUUGUGGCUUCAUACUUAAUAAAGCCUGAAGUUCAAGUUCGACAGGUUGCUGUAAAAUUUGCCAGCACAGUGUUUCCCUCGGAUCAUAUACCUUCCAGAUAUUUGCUCCUGUUGGCUGCAGGAGAUCCACGAGAAGAAGUUCAUGGAGAAGCACAACGGGUAUUACGGUGUCUUCCUGGUCGAAACAGAAAAGAAAGUGCUUCUGAGCAGAUGCCUUCUUUCCCAGAAAUGGUAUAUUAUAUCCAAGAAAAGGCUUCCCAUCGAAUGAAAACUCCAGUCAAGUACAUGACUGGGACCACUGUCCUUCCAUUUAACCCGGCAGCUUUUGGAGAGAUAGUUUUGUACCUGCGCAUGUGCCUAGCUCACAGCGCGGGGGUGGUGCCCACCUCUCAGAGUUUGGCUGAUAUGCAAGAUCACGCCCCAGCCAUUGGACGCUAUAUACGGACUUUAAUGUCAGGCAGCCAGACGACAUCUUCAUCAUCUUCUAAUAAGAGUGGGGAAACCAACCCUGUUCAGAUUUACAUUGGCCUGCUUCAGCAGUUGUUAGCAGGUGUUGGAGGUUUGCCAGUUAUGUACUGUCUGUUGGAAGCUGUGUCAGUGUAUCCAGAAAAACUGGCUACCAAAUUCGUAGACAAAACAGAAUGGAUAAAGAGUCUGAUGAAUAGCAGUAAAGAAGAAAUGCGUGAACUGGCAGCAUUGUUUUAUUCUGUGGUGGUAUCAACAGUAUCGGGAAAUGAGUUGAAGUCAAUGAUAGAACAGCUUAUAAAGACUACAAAGGACAAUCAUAGCCCAGAGAUACAGCAUGGAUCCUUGCUUGCAUUGGGAUUCACAGUAGGAAGAUAUUUGGCUAAAAAGAAAAUGAGAAUUGCAGAGCAACAAGACCCAGAAAGAAAUGCUGAUUUCCUGCCUGAACAAGAGGAACUCAUUCAGAGCGCCACAGAAAUAAUAGGCUCAUUUUUGGACAGUACCUCACCCCUCCUGGCAAUUGCUGCCUGUACAGCUCUGGGUGAAAUUGGGAGAAAUGGUCCUCUCCCAAUCCCAAGUGAGGGAUCUGGCUUUACCAAAUUGCAUCUUGUAGAAAGCUUACUAAAUAGAAUACCUUCCACUAAAGAAACAAAUAAGAUGAAAGAACGAGCAAUCCAGACACUGGGAUAUUUUCCAGUUGGGGAUGGAGAUUUUCCUCACCAGAAACUCCUCUUGCAAGGUCUGAUGGAUUCCGUGGAGGCCAAGCAGAUAGAACUUCAGUUCACUAUUGGUGAAGCCAUUACCAGCGCUGCAAUAGGAACUAGUUCCGUGGCUGCCCGAGAUGCCUGGCUAGUGACUGAAGAAGAAUAUACUCCUCCUGCUGGAGCCAAAGUGAAUGAUGUGGUUCCAUGGGUGUUGGAUGUAAUUUUAAAUAAACAUAUCAUCAGUCCCAACCCACACGUGAGACAAGCGGCCUGCAUCUGGCUCCUUUCCCUUGUGAGGAAGCUAAGUACCCACAAAGAAGUGAAGUCUCAUCUAAAAGAAAUUCAAAGUGCGUUUGUUUCAGUUCUGUCAGAAAAUGAUGAGCUUAGCCAAGAUGUUGCCUCAAAAGGCCUUGGGUUGGUUUAUGAACUAGGCAAUGAACAAGAUCAACAAGAAUUGGUUUCUACACUUGUUGAGACACUUAUGACUGGUAAAAGAGUUAAACAUGAAGUUUCUGGAGAGACAGUGGUAUUUCAAGGGGGGAGCCUUGGUAAAACACCAGAUGGCCAGGGUCUUUCUACUUACAAGGAGCUUUGUUCUCUGGCAAGUGAUCUUAGUCAGCCAGAUCUGGUGUAUAAAUUUAUGAAUUUAGCUAACCAUCAUGCAAUGUGGAACUCUAGGAAGGGUGCUGCUUUUGGUUUUAACGUAAUUGCUACCAGAGCUGGAGAACAGCUGGCUCCUUUUCUGCCUCAGUUAGUUCCUCGACUUUAUCGUUAUCAGUUUGAUCCCAACCUUGGCAUUCGACAGGCCAUGACAAGUAUUUGGAAUGCAUUGGUCACUGAUAAAUCCACGGUGGAUAAAUAUUUGAAAGAAAUUCUUGAAGAUUUGGUGAAGAACCUUACAAGCAAUAUGUGGCGAGUUCGAGAAUCCAGCUGUUUAGCUUUGAAUGAUUUAUUGAGAGGAAGACCCUUAGAUGACAUCAUUGAUAAACUUCCAGAAAUUUGGGAAACACUUUUUAGAGUGCAAGAUGAUAUCAAGGAAUCUGUACGAAAAGCAGCAGAACUAGCUCUGAAAACUCUGAGCAAGGUUUGUGUGAAAAUGUGUGACCCUGCCAAAGGAGCAGCCGGCCAGAGAACCAUCGCUGUCCUUCUGCCUUGCCUUCUGGACAAAGGAAUGAUGAGUCCUGUGACGGAAGUUCGAGCCCUCAGCAUUAACACCCUUGUGAAGAUCAGCAAAAGUGCAGGAGCCAUGUUGAAACCACAUGCACCAAAACUCAUCCCAGCUUUGUUGGAGUCCUUAAGUGUAUUGGAGCCCCAAGUUCUCAAUUACUUGAGCCUCCGGGCUACAGAGCAAGAAAAGGCUGCGAUGGAUAGUGCUCGACUCAGUGCUGCCAAAUCCUCUCCCAUGAUGGAAACAAUCAACAUGUGCCUGCAAUAUCUUGAUGUGUCAGUGCUGGGUGAGCUAGUUCCUAGAUUGUGUGAACUGAUCAGAAGUGGUGUAGGUCUUGGAACUAAGGGCGGCUGUGCCAGUGUCAUCGUGUCAUUAACUACUCAGUGUCCUCAGGACCUAACACCUUACUCAGGUAAACUUAUGAGUGCUUUGCUUAGCGGCCUGACAGAUCGGAACAGUGUGAUUCAGAAAUCCUGUGCAUUUGCCAUGGGCCAUUUAGUUCGGACCUCACGGGAUAGUAGCACUGAAAAACUUCUGCAGAAGCUCAGUGGCUGGUAUAUGGAGAAAGAAGAGCCCAUCUACAAGACCUCCUGUGCUUUGACUAUUCAUGCUAUUGGACGCUACAGCCCUGAUGUAUUAAAGAACCAUGCCAAAGAAGUCUUGCCUUUGGCAUUUUUAGGCAUGCACGAAAUUGCUGAUGAGGAGAAAUCUGAAAAAGAAGAAUGUAACUUAUGGACUGAAGUGUGGCAGGAAAAUGUACCUGGUUCCUUUGGUGGCAUUCGAUUAUACCUACAGGAGUUGAUUACCAUUACCCAGAGGGCUUUACAGUCUCAGUCUUGGAAGAUGAAAGCCCAGGGUGCAAUUGCCAUGGCAUCAAUUGCAAAACAAACAAGUUCUCUAGUCCCUCCAUAUCUAGGAAUGAUACUGACUGCGUUGUUACAAGGCCUGGCUGGAAGAACGUGGGCAGGAAAGGAAGAACUAUUGAAAGCCAUUGCCUGUGUGGUGACAGCUUGCAGCACAGAGCUGGAAAAGUCUGUCCCCCAUCAACCCAGCACAAACGAGAUUCUGCAAGCUGUUCUGAAGGAGUGUUGCAAAGAGAAUCUCAAAUACAAGAUUAUAGCCAUCAGCUGUGCAGCCGAUGUCUUGAAGGCCACCAAAGAAGACAGAUUCCAGGAGUUUUCUGACAUUGUUAUACCUCUUAUUAAGAAGAACUCACUUGAAAGCACUGGGGUCCGGACAACCAAAAAUGAAGAUGAGAAUGAUAAGGAAAAGGAGCUGCAGCUGGAAUCUCUGCUGAGUGCCUUUGAAAGCCUGGGCAAAGCCUGGCCCCGCAACGUGGAGACUCAACGUUGUUAUCGUCAGGAGCUGUGCAAACUGAUGUGUGAACGGCUAAAACUCAGCACGUGGAAAGUGCAGCUAGGAGUCCUGCAGUCAAUGAAUGCCUUUUUUCAGGGGUUAAUGCUUUUAGAAGAAGAACAUGCAGAUCCUGAGGCUUUGGCUGAAAUUCUCCUUGAAACUUGUAAAUCAAUCACAUAUUCUUUAGAAAAUAAGACCUACUCAUCUGUGAGAACAGAAGCUUUAUCUGUGAUAGAAUUGCUGCUUAAAAAACUUGAAGAAUCUAAACAGUGGGAAUGUUUGACAUCUGAAUGCAGAGUGCUCCUGAUUGAGUCUUUAGCUACUAUGGAGACAGACAGCAGACCUGAGCUGCAGGAGAAAGCAUCAUUACUGAAGAAAACACUUGAAAAUCUGGAAUAAAUUAGAAGGGGAAGAAACAAACAAGUGCCAUGUUCAUUGGGGGGUUGAAAUGGUGGUAUUCUUUGAAAAACCAAGUGGGGAAAAGUAAAGAUUAAUCUGUAGCAUGCAUCAUUCCUUGGCUGAAAUAAAAAAAAAAAAGCCUUAAA